UCUAUUGUUGUGCAGUUAGCAGCUGUUGGUACCAAAACAUAACCUAGUGGGUGUGGUUCGUAUUUGUCUAAUUAAUGUUGCUAAAUAUUAUGACUAAUAACAGUUAAAAACAUAGUUAUCUUAUCAAAAUGAGAAGUUUAAUUCUUUUAUCAUUUCUAUCCUUCUUGAUUCAAGUGCAUUUAUCUGGAGCCCUCGAAUGUUACGUUUGCCAUAAUCAGGAAGCAAAUAAUGAAAAAUGUUUGAACACAAUUAAAACCUGUGAGUAUGGGGAAGAUGUAUGCUUGACUGAAAUUAAAUGGGGUAGUACACCUUACUGGCAGCAAGGAGCUUUAAAGCAGUUUUAUGUAUCAAAAAGGUGUUCUACAAAAGCCAAAUGCGAAAAGCACCGUAAAGCUAACAUGCAAUACUGUACCCGAAUUUGGUAUGAAGAUUGGAAAUGCUCUGAAUGCUGUAAAGGGGAUAGAUGUAAUUACUAUGUCAUAUCUACAGCUCCCAAAAGUGUUCCAAUUAUGUUUCUAAGGGCAACUUUGACUUCCUUAAUAAGCAUGAUAAUUUUUAACAAAGUAUUUUAGGGAAUGAUAAACUUUUAAUUUAAAACAUGUAAUUUUAUUUUACUAUACUAUAGUACUCUUUUUAAAUUGUACGUAAUUGUAUGUAAUUUUAAAGUGAGUAGCAAGUGUACUUUUCAAAUUUGGAUUUCACACAGUUCGUCUCGUUCUGUUCAGUAUUUAUAAAGGAAUUUAUUGUGAUUAUUUGGUAAAUGAACUUGCUUUUAUUGCAACAGUUAUGAGUUGUAAAAUUUUGUAUGUUCAUGUAAUUUUUAUUUAAUAUGAUAAUUUAUUAGAAGUUCUAGUUGACCAUUGUUAUCAUAGAUAUUUUUUACAUUGUAAGUGUAAACGCACUCCGUCCAAUUAUUUUAUUACACACAUUGUGCCUGUAAAAAUCGUACAAAUAUAAUAAACCGUUUUGUAUAUUUUUUACAA